GGAAAGAAACGGAGGGAGAUUCAGACAGAGCUUACAGAGUGAGAUCGAGGGAAGAGAGCCAGCGCAGAGAAGGAGAAGAGGCGGUCGAUGGGAGAAGGGAAGAGAAGAGGCAUUGACUGAAAGCAUACACAUGGAAGAGAAGAAAACAGCCAUUUAAUGCACUAAGUGUACAAGACUAAAAAGUACCACUGACUGACUGGAUUGUUACUAAUCUGCUGCUCCACAGUUAGAGGACAUACAAAGAAACAGAGGCUAGCUGGGAAUUCAGGGCUGUGUGCAGAGGAUGAACAGGCGAUGUGGGCUCUGUGGCUGUGAUUGCCGUCCUCAGACCCCGUAGCCCACUUGUGCUGGUGCCGUUGCAGGCCGUUAGCCUUGCAGUAAGGCAGCAGCAGUUAAUACAGAAUGAGCUCCAAGCACUCCUCCGACUGGAUUCCAUACAGUACCUUAGACGAUGAGGGCACCAACCUCCGGCAGCAAAAGCUGGACAGACAGCGGGCGCUCCUUGAACAGAAGCAGAAGAAAAAGAGGCAAGAGCCUCUGAUGGUCCAGUCUAAUGUCGAUGGGAGAUCGCGGACUCGUAGGACCAAACAGAGCGAGGAACAGGCACCGCUGGUGGAAUCCUACCUUAGCAGCAACAGCAGCACCAUCUACCACGUGCAUGAAGCUGAACGGGAGGAAGCGAAGGUGGUGUCGGACGCACAGCAGCCUCGCUCAGUCAAAAAAGGCAAAGCAUCAGCCAGCUCCACUCCACAGACUGGCAGCGACAAGAAGGAGAGGAAGGGGAAGCACAAAGCGGUCGACGGCCAGGCUGCCCUGCAGGACAAUGGUCAGAUCCAGAUCCUGACAGUGGGCCACCAAACCACAGAGGAGGUUGAGAUGGAGCCUGUCAUGAGCUGCACUCAGUCGCAGAGUAAACAGGAUCUGCGUGUCACCAUGCUCAAGAAAGGUAUAUCCAGCAGUAUGAAUUUUGAUGAAGAAGAAGAUGAUGAAGAUGAGAUUAGCUCUAGUUCUUCACAGCUCAAUAACAACACAAGACCCGGCUCUGCUACCAGCAAGAAGUCAUGCAAGGAGGUAGCUUCAGCAACCACACCACCAGUCAAUGAACCUGCCAUCGAAGUUGACGAUCUGGAGGAGUUUUCACUACGACCUGCGCCGCAGGGGGUCAGAGUGAAGUGCAGAAUCACCAGGGACAAAAAAGGCAUGGACAGAGGGAUGUACCCCACGUAUUAUCUUCACCUCGAGAGGGAAGAUGGCAAGAAGGUGUUCCUGUUAGCUGGAAGAAAGAGGAAAAAGAGUAAAACUUCAAAUUACCUUAUCUCCAUUGAUCCCACUGAUCUUUCUCGUGGUGGAGAGAGUUUCAUUGGAAAACUUAGGUCAAACCUCAUGGGAACCAAGUUCACCGUAUAUGACAGUGGUCAGAACCCCAUGAAAAGCACCACAAGCCUCGAAGCUAGUAAUCUGCGUCAAGAGUUAGCAGCCAUUUGUUAUGAAACCAAUGUCUUAGGAUUCAAAGGACCUCGCAAAAUGAGUGUCAUCAUUCCUGGAAUGAACAUGGACCAUGAACGAGUGUCUAUUCGCCCACGGAACGACCAUGAGUCACUGCUGGCCAAGUGGCAGAACAAGAACACAGAGAGUGUGAUUGAACUGCACAACAAGACGCCCGUGUGGAACGAUGACACGCAAUCCUAUGUGCUCAACUUCCAUGGCAGAGUCACUCAGGCUUCUGUUAAAAAUUUUCAAAUUAUUCAUGACAAUGACCCUGACUACAUCGUGAUGCAGUUUGGUCGUGUGGCAGAGGAUGUUUUCACCAUGGACUAUAACUACCCAAUGUGUGCCCUGCAAGCCUUUGCCAUUGCCCUCUCCAGCUUUGACAGCAAGCUGGCCUGUGAAUAGACCCCAGUCAGGUCCAUCUGUCCUCAAGGGCUGUUAAUGAAUCCCUGGGGCUGGUUUGAGAUCUCCAAAUCACCCAGUUCACCGGAAGCUCUGCAUACUCCAAAAGGCUUCGUGGGCCUCAAAUUUUACAUGUAUGUGUGUGUCUGAGUAAGUGUGGGGUGGUAGAAUGGGUGGGGUGUGGGAGGGGGGUGAUCUCAGGAUGGUCUUGGUCAGUGGAAGAAAACAAGCACAAAGAGUAAUCCACUUUCAAAAUCAACCUAAUUUGUUGUGGUAACUUUUGUACUGUUAUGGCAUUAUUAAACACUGUUCCUUUAUGUAGUAGAUCUAGAAAUUUAACAUUUCCUUAUCUGUAAAUUAUAACUAACAGUUACACAUCAGUAAGUUUUAAGAGUAGACUGUAUUUUAUGUUGUCUGUCACAUCAGAACACAAUGUCACACACUUCAUCGUGCAUGAAUAGCUGCUUGAAUAGUAAAUCAAAAAUGAUAUGCACAUCAUAAUAUAUAUUUAUUUAGUAAUUUACUUGUUUUUUUCUUUUUUUUCUUUUUUUUUUACAUGGGGAAUUUUUCUGCUAUAUUUUGCAACAAUCAGUAUUGGCUCUAUGGAGCUGCAAACAUAACCAGUAAUUAUCAUUGCCAGAAAAUCCCUUGUCCCCACAUUAAUCAGUUAGAGACUCAGACAUGAAAAGGGCAAAGGCAUGUCACACAGUGCUGUGUACCAUAAACAAUAUUGUGUCACAUGUGAAUGUAUGGGAUGAUGGUGCACUUUACUUUAAAGUCUGUGAAGGAAGAGAUACAGCUGUAUAUACUUUAUUGUGCCUUUGAAGACUAAUUCCAGUGUUAAACUUUGGCCAUAAAAUGAGCUGAGCUUGAAUUGGUCUUUCUGCUUCUUUGCUGUCCUCCCUUUCUCUGAAUUUAGUUGUCUAAGGCAAAGUUGAUUGGGAGUAAUUGCAUACCUAGGUUUGCUAAACUUGUGGGACAAAAUAUUCCAAAGUGUGCAUCAUAGGACAACAUUCCAGCUAUUGUCCAUGCACAGUAAUUACAUGUAGGAUGUACACAACAGUACACUGAAGAGUUUGGUAUUUAUUUAUGCUGUUCUGUAGUACAGGCAGCAAAUACAGCAGCUAUUUGAGGCCAUCAGGCUGAAUUUUGUGCUCAUAUCCUCCAAUGUCUACUUGGAACAAAAUGUACCAAUUAACUUACUGCCAACAAACAUAAAGUGUGAAUCCACCACAGCUUAAACACAUAUUUCAUCUCCUGUUUUACAUCUUUAAUUAACUUGAAGCUCCACUGCAGUAAAGGUUGGAACAUUUCUCAUCUAACUGGCAGUAAGUCUCUAUAUCACAUGCUGUUCACAUUUUUACUCAAAAUAUUAUUCCUCUUGCUUCUUAUGGGAAAGGAUCCUUUCUCAAAUAUAUGAUAGAUUUUGUAUUUUAUGGCCAUUAAAAAAUGCUAAAUGACAGCAAAGAACAAUCUCUGAUACUGCUAUUAUUACUGUGGGUUAUGAGGAAAUCUUUAUGAAAUGUGCUAUUCUUGUACUCUACUGUGUUCUAUUUUAAAUUUCUAUUUCAAAAUUGUUGAUACUCUUGCUGUAAAGUCUGCUUUUCAUACAUGUGUCCAGGAACCAAAGGUUCUUUCAUGUUUUGUUUUCAGUGCUGUCAUCGUAAUGUACAGUAAAUGGUGUACAGUUUACUGUGGUGGUAUAAACACAGUCCUUUGCUCAUGGGAAAAUAAACUUACAAUAAGUCAAA